AUGCAAUCAAAUGGGAAGGAUACGCCUGGUCAGAUUGAGAUAUUCACCUGGUCUGCUUCUGGUGCUAUCAUCACAGAAGCUUUUGCCUCCACAUUUCCCACUGUAGUUGCCUAUGUAGUUGAUACACCUCGUGCGGAAAAUCCCACCACUUUUAUGAGCAACAUGCUUUAUGCUUGCAGUAUCCUCUAUAAGACAAGGUUACCUCUCAUCUUGGCAUUCAACAAGGUUGAUGUAGCAAAACAUGAAUUUGCCCUGGAGUGGAUGAAAGAUUUUGAGGUAUUCCAAGCAGCAGCAAGUCCAGAUCAGUCAUACACUUCAAAUUUAACUCAGAGCCUUUCUUUGGCACUAGAUGAAUUUUACAGUAAUUUAAGAUCAGCUGGAGUUUCUGCAGUUACUGGUGAAGGAAUUGAAGGCUUCUUCAAAGCUGUUGACGCCGGUGCAGAGGAAUACAUGGAAAGCUAUAAGGAUGAUCUUGAUAAAAGACGUGAAGAGAAAUUGCGAUUGGAAGAAAAUCGCAGGAAGGAGAACAUGGAUAAACUGAGGAGGGAGAUGGAGAAAUCUGAAGAAGAUGCUGCAAUCUUAGUCCCAGGUGAUAUAAUCCACAUUAAAUUAGGAGAUAUCAUUCCUGCAGAUGCUCGUUUUCUUGAGGGUGAUGCUUUGGGUGUUGAUCAGUCGACUUUAAUUGGAGAAUCUCUUCCGGCAACAAAGAAUCCCUCAGAUGAAGUCUUUUCUGGAUCAACUGUUAAGAAGGGUGAGAUUGAAGCAAUUGUUAUUGCUACCGGAGUGCACACACUUUUCGGAUGUUACUUCAUAAGUCUUGAAAAGCUUGCUAGAAAUUUGGAAGGAAAGGAUGUUACUGGUGAUAAAACUGCAAGCAUAUAUGGCACUGAUGAAAGUCAAUUGAGCUCAAAUAUUGAGGGUGCCAACCAAAGUGUACUACACCGUUUCACAUGUCCCCUUUUUGAAAAAAUCUGA